UUUCAGUCCAUUUCAACGAAAGCCCAAUAAAUUGUAGAAAACUCAUUCGCAUGGAAAUCGUCUGACAUCGCCGCCGCGUACCACCAUGCCUACCGUAAGCGUAGGCAGAGAUCGCCUCUUCCAAGCCCUAGGCCGCACCUACACUGAAGAAGAAUUUGAGGAUUUGUGCUUCAAGUUCGGCAUUGAGCUUGAUGAUGUGACGACGGAAAAGGCAAUUAUAAGGAAAGAGAAGCAUUUGGAAGAAGAAGAACCAUCUGAGGAUGAGGAAGUAAUAUACAAGAUUGAAGUUCCUGCCAAUAGAUAUGAUUUGCUUUGUCUUGAGGGGUUGGCUCAAGCCCUUCGCAUAUUUAAUGGGCUUGAUCCAAUACCUACAUAUAAUGUGGGGCGCAUCAGUAAAGGAUCAAUGCUCAAAAUGCAUGUAAAUUCAGAGACGUCAAAGAUUCGUCCAUAUGUUGUAUGCGCUGUUUUAAGAGGUGUUACAUUUGAUGAAGCUCGAUACAAUAGCUUUAUUGAUCUCCAAGACCGGCUUCAUCAGAAUAUUUGUCGGCGAAGAACCCUGGUUGCUAUUGGCACUCAUGAUUUGGAUACAAUAGAAGGCCCUUUAACAUAUGAGGCUUUGCCGCCCCCGGAAAUAAGUUUCAUUCCGCUGAAACAGACAAAGAACUUCAGAGCUGAUGAGCUAAUGGAAUUUUAUAAGUCAGAUUUGAAACUGAAGAAAUUCUUGCAUAUCAUUGAGAAUUCACCAGUGUUCCCAGUCAUAUACGAUCGUAACAGAACUGUUUUAUCUCUGCCUCCAAUCAUCAAUGGUGCACAUUCUGCUAUUACACUGAAGACAAAGAAUGUGUUCAUUGAAUGUACGGCCACAGAUUUGACAAAAGCCAAUAUUGUUCUGAACACAAUGGUGACCAUGUUUUCAGUCUAUUGUGAAAGGAAGUUUGAGGUUGAGCCAGUUGAAGUAAUAUACCCUGAUGGAAAAUCAUACAUUUGCCCUGAUUUGUCACUUUACCAGAUGGUUGUGCCCUUAUCAUACAUCACCAGUGCAGUUGGAGUCUCGCUGCCUGCCAAUGAGACUCCGUAUCAGCAAAGAAUGAAACCAGCUUCACCAUAUCUGUUCCUCCCACAAGAAGUGACAUUAUUCAUCCUUGUGAUGUGGCUGAGGAUGUUGCAAUUGCUUAUGGUUAUAAUGAAAUACCAAAGAUAAAACAUCCAUCGUUGAGGCCACAGUCGUUGAAUCAGUUCAGUGAUCUUAUUCGAACGGAGAUCGCGAUGAUUGGUUAUACAGAAGUGUUAACAUGGAUAUUAUGCUCGUAUAAAGAAAAUUUCACCAUGCUCAACCGAAAAGACGACAAGUUAGCAGCAAUUAAUGGAAAUCCUCGUUCUGCUGAUUUUGAGGUUGUUCGGACCAGCCUUAUGCCUGGCAUAUUAAAAACUGUUGGUCACAAUAAAGAUCAUCCAAAACCUAUAAAGAUUUUUGAAGUUGGUGAUGUGGUGCUACUAGAUGAGUCAAAAGAUGUUGGUGCCUCAAAUCAUUGUCAUCUGGCGGCUUUAUAUUGUGGAGCUACCUCUGGAUUUGAGUUAAUACAUGGUCUUGUGGACAGAAUCAUGGAAGUGACAGGAACUCCUUUUGUAUCGGCUGGGGAUGGAAGUGGCUACUAUAUACAAAGUUCAGAUGAGCCCGAGUUUCUUCCAGGUAGACAAGCAAGCAUCAUCUACAAAGGAAAGCAGAUUGGCACUUUUGGAAUCGUGCACCCACAGGUGUUGGAUAACUUUGACAUUCCAGACCCAUGCUCCUUUGUGGAAGUCAACAUCGAGAGCUUCCUAUAGAGCGGAAUCUAUUUUUCUGCAAUUAAAGAAGAUACAGAAUGACAUUUUUUUUCUUUCUUUUUUGUUGUAUUUUGCUGUUAACAAUAUCGUUCCAACACUUAAUGGGCAAAUUUAUACGUUACCAGCUGAAUUUCUACAAUGACAAAAUUCUUGCAGAUAUUCUUUUGCGUGCUGUAAUAAUUGGGAUUAAGUAGAAACUAGUGUAUUGUUGAUCCA